AUGAAACUUCUUCACAAACUUAUUCGCUCAUAAUCAUUUUGUCACCGUUGGAUCUCCCUCCCGGUGCUAUAAUAUUCACUUUGUGUAAAUAUUGUCAACGCGCUUCAGAUAUGAUGUACAGUUUGAACCAGUCCAAAUUUCCAACAUCGUUAAAACAAAAGAAAAACACAAACCCCACAUCCUAAACAAACCCAAAACCAAACAGACCCACAAAAACUCGAACGCCAUCAUCUUCUUUCUCUCUUCGUUGAUCUCCUAUUGAUGGCGACGCUCCAAUCCGAGCAGCUGAAGCAACUGAAGGACAUUUUCAUGCGCUUCGACAUGGAUUCGGACGGCAGCCUCACCCACCUGGAGCUGGCGGCGCUUCUCCGAUCCCUUGGCCUCAAGCCCUCCGGCGACCAGCUUCACGUCCUGCAGGCCAACAUGGACGCCAACGGCAACGGCACCGUGGAGUUCGACGAGCUCGUCAGAGCUAUCAUGCCCGACAUGAGCGAGCAGGUACUCAUCAACCAGGAGCAGCUCUUGGAGGUUUUCCGUUCCUUCGACCGCGACGGCAACGGCUACAUCACCGCCGCCGAGCUCGCCGGAUCCAUGGCCAAAAUGGGUCACCCUUUGACGUACCGCGAGCUCUCCGAGAUGAUGCGCGAGGCCGACACCAAUGGCGACGGCGUCAUUAGCUUUAGCGAGUUCUCCACCAUCAUGGCCAAAUCCGCCUCCGAUUUUCUUGGCCUCACCGUCUCGAAGGCGUAGAUCCCGAUGCCUAGAAAAUUCCCUUUGGCGGCUGAGUUUGGCAUGGUCCUGUUGACUUUUUCUACGCCUGUAGUUUUUUUUUUUCCCCUUUGUUUUGGGGGGAUUCUGUUUUUGUUUGUUUGUGAAUUUAGAGACCAAUAUAGAGAUGAGAUGACCAUGAUUUACAGUGUACGAUGAUUGAAUCCGAAGGAGAAGACGCAAAUCAAAGACACCUCAAUCCCUCUCAUUCAGUGCAAAAUGAUUUAACACAAGUUGUAUAUUCUGUAUUAUUUUUAGUUUGUCACUAA